AUGGCGGUCAUCGUCGAUGAGAUCCGCCGUGCACAACGGUCCAUGAGGCCCGCCACCGUGUUCGCCAUCGGAACAGCCAAUCCUUCCAAUUGUUACGAUCAAAGUACCUAUGCUGACUAUUUUUUCCGUGUCACUAAUAGUGAGCAUAAAAUUGAGCUUAAGGAAAAGUUUAAACGCAUGUGUGAUGGGUCAAUGAUUAAAAAGAGGCACUUUCAUUCAACAGAGGAAAUCUUUUUAAAAAAUCCAAGUAUUUGUGAAUACAAAGCUCCUUCCUUUAAUGUUAGACAAAGAAUUCUAAAUGUUGAAGUGCCAAAACUUGGGAAGGAGGCAGCCGAAAAGGCCAUCAAUGAAUGGGGCCAGUCCAAGUCGAAAAUUACUCAUUUGGUAUUUUGCACCACUAGUGGUGUGGAUAUACCUUGGGCCGACUACCAACUCACUAAGCUUCUUGGACUUGACCCAUCAGUCAAGCGAUUCAUGAUGUACCAACAAGGUUGUUUUGGUGGUGGCACUACUCUGCGAUUAGCCAAGGACUUAGCUGAGAAUAACAAAGGUGCUCGGGUUCUUGUUGUGUGCUCAGAAUUAACCAAUUUGAUCAGCUUUCAUGCCCCAAAUGAAACAGAGCCUGAAGUUUUGGUUGGGCAAGCACUCUUUAGUGAUGGAGCAUCUGCUGUCAUUGUUGGUUCAGAUCCAAUCAUAAAUGUGGAAAAGCCUUUGUUUGAGCUUAUAUUCGCAACUCAAACUCUUCUCCCAGAUAGUGGACAUGCACUUACUGGUGACCUCAAUGAGGCUGGGCUAAUAGUCAAAAUACAUAAGGAUACUCCAAUGCUAAUCUCAAAAAACAUUGAAAGAAUCUUAGUGGAAGCAUUCGAGCCUCUUGGCAUUUCUAAUUGGAACUCCAUCUUUUGGGUAUCUCAUGCAGGUGGACGUGCAAUUUUAGAUCAAAUUGAAUUAAAGUUGGGCCUAAAACCUGAAAAACUAAAGGCUACAAGAAAUGUCAUGCGCGACUAUGGGAACAUGGGCAGUGCCACUGUACUGUUUGUUUUGAACGAGAUGAGGAAUUUCUCUACUAGGGAAGGAUUGGAUACUACCGGUGAAGGCCUUGAUUGGGGCGUGCUUUUUGGUUUUGGGCCUGGGCUAACUAUUGAGGCAGUUGUCCUUCACAGUGUUUCUGUUUAGGUUACCAAAAUGUUUAAAAUAAAUAGAGGGUUGGACUUUGGAGAAAUGUAUCACUGUUGUCAUUGUAUUUA